CCGCGCGGCUCGCCGUAGUCGGGGCGCGCGCGCGUGCGUGCGCGCGACGCGACACGUGCGUUUGUCCCGGAGGUCACGCGCGCGAACGAUGGCCUUUUAAACGCCGCAGCACAUCACAAAGUUAUGGCAUUCGUGCAGCCAAGAUUUCUCUUGCGCCUUGAUUUAUCUCAUUGAUAUUAUUGAGACGUUCUCAUUAACGUGCCUGCGCUCGGGAGAUAAUACGUUUCCAAUCAAGGUCUUACAGAAUCAAGCUUGGAUUUCAUCGUCACCACAAAGUGAGGCAUUCGUGCUCUUCGGACCUCAUCUCACCACUCAUCUUCGUCCAACCGGUGGCAAGACCGCCUUGGCGGGGGGGGGGGGGGGGGUUGGGGAAACAAGUGUACACCCACAGGACCGAAAUCAAAACAAAAGAUCAUCCGGGAUGGCUACCGCACGGUGCUUGCGCCGUGUGUCCGGUCGAUUUGGCGCCAUCGUGAAGUGGAACGGCGCAAAAUUAUCCCACUCGCUCACAGACGACCAGCAACACCGGCCGAUGUUACAGGACACUGCCGCUGCCUCCGCCGGACAGCUAGCGGGACCUAUCCUGCCUUUGACUAGUUUAGAAAUACCUGUCGUACGCAAACUUGAAGUUUGGGAUAUUUCAGACGCCACGAAAGGUCUCCCUUCGCUUGACGAGGUAGACGAGGCGGGAGCACUGGACGAACUGACAGAGGAGGAGGCGCUGAGCCUGGAGGUAUCGCGACCCUUGCCUCCAAGGGCCGACCGCCUCUCAGUGUACGCCGAACGCUCGCACACGCUGCGCCAGCUCGUGCUGCUCGGGGUGGAGCUGUGGAAGGUGGAACGCCUACGUGGAGCGGCGAGCAUGCUGCUUCGCCUCGACUUUGCAAGUGACGUGCAGGAGCGGCUACUCUUCCUGCGCGACGUGGGCCUGCAGGACGAGGAUCUGGGGCCCUUCCUCACCACCAACCCCUUCAUGCUCACUCAGGACAUCUCCAACCUGCAAGCCAGGGUUCACUACCUGGAGUCGUGCGGGUUCGGCAGGGACGCGGUGGCCAAGAUGGUGCGGGGAGCGCCGUUCCUGCUCAACUUCAGCAUCGAACGUCUUGAGAACCGCCUCGGCUUCUACCAAAGCGAGCUGGGCCUCAACGCCAAGCACGUACGGGAGCUGAUGAUACGGAUGCCCAAACUUUUGACUCGCAGCCUGGAGCCCGUUAAGGAGAACCUGAAGGUGCUGCAGCUGGAGCUGGGCUUCCGGCCCAAUGAGGUGCAGCACAUGCUCCUCAAGGUGCCCAAGCUGCUGGUGCUGAGCAAGAGGAAGCUCGUGGAUGUCUUCACGCUCGUGCAUGCCACUAUGGGCCUCCCCCAGCACAUGCUCGUUCAGUUCCCGCAGAUAUUCAACGCGAAGACGAUUGCCAUGAGGGAGCGGCACAGCUACCUGGAGCACCUGGGCCUGGCACAGUAUGACCCUUUGCAACCCCUGUAUGUCUCCCUGGACCGGCUGGCCACCACGUCCGACGACGUCUUCUGCCUCGAGGUCGCGAGGUCAUCCCCAGAAGAAUUCCACGACUUCCGCAAGACCCUGUAGCUGUAGGAAAAAAUAUAUAUAUACAUAAAAAACAAAGAAUUAUAUGUCUGUUGGACCCUUUUUGGCAAUCGUAGCCAUGGGAACUUUUUGGCGGUAUCAUUCAAUAAAAAAUAAACUUGCUUUUUAAAAA